UUCUUUCGGUGCUUACUGCUUACUUCAUACUCAUACUAUAUAGUUUACAAUGAGUAAUAAGUACUAAGUUUCAUUACUUUGGUAUUUUAGCUUUUUGACUAACGGCUCGCCUAAUUUUAAUAUUUUUGACUUGUUUUUAUUAAAUUUAUAUAAUUUUUGAAGUUUCCUAAAAUAUUAUUUUACUUAAUAUCGUACAUAAUCCUACCAUUUAAGCAAGUAAUAACGAACAAAAACAGAACCAGUGAAUGUUAUCAUCCAAAAAAUAUCAUUGAAAUGAUAUAAAACGAAAAACAUUGAAUACAAUAUUCAAGAUUUUACAUUCAGACCUAGUAUUUGAAGAACUAGUACACAGUUAAACAUUAACAAUGAGUUACGGCGAUUCUGAAGCUAAAAUGAAUCUUUCUGCUUUGCAAAGAGUAGACCCAUAUGUUGAUAGUAUUGUACAAACAGCAGGACAUGUUGCUUUGUAUUCAUUUAAUGCAGAAGCAAAUGCAUGGCAAAAAACCAAUGUUGAAGGGACUUUACAUGUGUAUACACGAUCUGCUGAACCGUUACAUAGUAUUAUGAUAAUGAAUAGAUUGAAUACAAACAAUUUGAUGGAACCAAUUGAAAAUGGCCUAGAUCUUCAACUUCAAGAGCCAUUUUUACUAUACAGAAACUGUGGUGGUUCCAUUUAUGGUAUUUGGUUUUAUGACAAAGAAGAAUGUGCCAAAAUUUCUAAUAUACUGAAGUCAUUGAUUAAAAACUUGAUAGUAAAACAGAAUGAUAAAAUUACUAAACAAGAAACUGGUUCCACCAAAAGUAUUGAUCUCGUUUCAAUGCUCAGUCGAGCACAAGAAGAUUAUAGGGCCAAUAAGACCAGUUCCAAAGGAUCCGAAACUCCAUCCAAGAAAGUUGAAGAAAAUGCCCCUCCUCAAUGUGUUAUGGAUUUUUUUGCAAAAGCAGGAAGUGGGAAAAAUUUCUCAGAAGGAUUACCAUCAUUAUCAAGUUAUGCAAAUACCCAAAGUACUCAAACUCCAACUUUAAAAACGGGAUCUAACGAAGCUUUGUUGCACAAGUUGAUGGCAAGUCCAAUUCAUACAGUAGAACAAAUUGAAAUGCAACAAAGAUCAGCAACACCUAGAACAGAUAUCUUGGUCACAACUCAUACUGAGCAAAUUAAAAAUAAAUCAUGUUCAUUCAAUAAAAUAAAGCCCCGAAGUUUAAUAAAUCAAUUAAAUCAACAAGAUGAAGAUGAUAAUACUUCCCAUGCUAAUCGAAAUGGAUUUCAUCGGCCAAAAGAUAAUAAAGAUAAUUCAUUUAGUGCAUCAUUGAUUGAACAUUUUCUUAAUCAAAGUGAUAUAUCGGAGAAAUCAAGUAUAGCUAUGGGUGCAUCUAUGCCAUUAGAAUCACAACUUGAAUCAGAUGAGCUAAUGCCACCUACUAGGUUCAUAAUGGAUGACAUUGAAGAUGAACUAGUUACCUCUUCAGUAAAUGCAAUGUCAAUAACAGAACCUAAACACUUGGAACCAGCAACUAAUAGAUUGGAACCAUUAACAAAGAAUCAGUUAUUACAAGCUUUUGAAUACUUAUUAAAAAAUGAUCCAGAUUUUAUGGUUAAAAUACAUGAAGGUUAUGUCAAGUCAUUAUUACGGAAUUAAGAUUAUCUAUUAGGAUUCCAUUACUUUAAUAGAAGUAUGACUAUUUCUUUUCGACAUUUUGACAAAAAUUGCAUUAUUUUUUAAGCAAUAUAUAUUUUUUUCCAAACAAUAAUAGUUAUUAAUUGCUAUACAUAAAUAAUUAAAUAAAAUAAUAAAAAAAACUAUUCCCUUUUUAUUUUGUGAUUUGAAAAUGUUUUAUUAUAAUAUACAAUAUACAUUCUUGCACUAUCUGAGCAGUUCAGAAUAAACGCAUGUAUAAAUUGAACAUUUUGAUUUAUAUUUUGAAGAUUGUAAGUGCUUCAAAGUAUUUUUUUCAUAAUCAAUAAUUAAUAUUUACUCCAAAUGGUAUUUCAAUUUUGAAAAAACAAUACAAUUUUUAUUACCAACUGUCAUAUAUUUAUGCUAUUGAUUAAAAUAGCUAUUGUUGGUAUAUUAAUUGUACUUCACUAUUUAAUUUUUAAUUUUUUUUUUAAAUAAAUCUUCUGGUUUAUUUUCAUGCCAAUUUAUAAUUUAUUUCAUUAAAAAAAAAAAAAUGUGUAACUUCAAUGUUAUCUAUUAAAAUUACAACCUUUCUUUAAAAUUAGACUUCUGUAUUUUAAUCAUGUAUAAUGUUUAGAUUGUUUUGUAUAAUAUGAAAAACCUGUUAAAAUUAAGCUUUAAAUUAUUAUUUUCAAUUAAAAUUAAACACAAUUGUGUACUAAGUUUUAAUGUUGAUACUGUUAAUAAUGUGUGAAAAUGUAUUGAUGCAAUUUUGCAUUUUAAAUAUAUUGAAAAAUAAAGUAAUGGAAUUUUAGUUGUGUUCCAAA